UUUCUAAUUUGAAAAAAUGAAAGUAAGCAGGUUUUUUCGUCCAAUCGAGUUGAGUUUGCGUCGACAUCCGAUUGGUCCGUUUACCGAGAUACGUUCAUUGGAGAAAGGCGCGAACGAUCGUUUAGAUUUACUUUUUAUCAUUUUUCAAAUGUUAAUUUGAAUGCGAAUAAGAAGGAAGUAACGCUGUCUUGUGUAUGUCAGAUUUAAUGUAUUUCGAACAUUUAUUUAUCGAUAUAAACAACAGUUUAAUGAUUAAAUUCAAUUGUUUAUGGUAAAAAGAUGUCAAUAAACGUCACCGUCAGUGGAAAUCCCAUAAAUAUACGCCGUGGAAGAGUAGUAUUGUCGGAUUUAGACCAAAUUAAGAAAAAUGAACGUGACCGUAGACGAAGAUUGCGUCUAGAACAAGUUAGGCAGCAAUCGAAAGAAAUAUCUAAUAGACUUUUGGAAAGAGCCAAAAAUAUUGCACAACAAGAGUUAGGAAAAUUAGAAAAAGAUGACAAAUCCGAGCUCAAACGUCUUCACGAGAGAAAAAUUAUGGAGAUCCAAGAAAAGUAUCAAGAAGAUAUGGAAAAUAUUGGUCAGGCACACUUGGCUGCUGUUUUAGAAUCAGAAGCACUAGCGGAUAUAGAAGAUGAAACUGAUAGAAAUAGGGAAACUGCUUUAAAAAGAGGCAAAGAAGCUUUAGAACUAUUGAAAAGAGUGGCAAAGGAUGACCGACAUGCUAUGCAUCGACAAAGAUUGCAGCAGGUUAGAGAAUUGGAAAAUAAAAGAUCAUCUUUGGUAGCUGAACUUUCUAAAAAGUCUACCUGCCAGGACGAUUCGUGUAGAAAUUUCAGUCAAGAGAACGGAAUGUCUUGUCAACAAGAUCAAACUAAUGAAAAUCUAAAUAAAUCUGCUAAAAAGAAAAAACUUAAAAGACUUGCUUCUAAUAAAUCUCCUGUGAAAAAAACCAGAAUCAAUGAAAAGAGUAACAAAGAAUCUCAAGAGAGCCUUUUGCCGUUGCAACUUUCACCUAGACAAAAAAUCCGCAUGCAAAAUGAAGCAUCGCAAAAAUGCGUUAUUACCAGUAAAUCUGACAAAAAAUUAGAAAAUAUUGAUAAUAUUGGACAUACGGAUCAUAAAACUCAGGACGAUAAAAGUCCACGACAGACAGUACCCAUCUUAACCAUUUCUAUGAAAGCACAAAAAUUAGCAAAAUAUAACCCAGGAGAUUACAUACAAGAUUCAUCGGAUUUACUAAGCAAUGACAGUCCUUCUCUUAGCGACGACUCUUCAUAUUUUUCUGAUGUGUGCGAUCAAUCAACUUGUAUUAAAACUCCAAAACAUCAUACGUCUUUAAGAGAUAGUAAAGUGCAAUUGUAUGAUCAUAGUACACGUCAAAGAAAUAAUUAUAAUAGACCUCUGGACGUAGUAGAAAGAUUGGAUAUAAGAAACGAGCCAAAUGCAAUAGAUGCAGCUAAAGAGGUAGAACGUACCGAAAGUAUUGAGUCUCAUGCGACCGAAACUCAUAAACUAGCUUCUCAGAAACGAGGUGAUGAUGCAAUUUUACGAGAAAAAGUACGAUCCGACUACCAAACGCUUAUGAAAAGUUUAGAUCAUCUUUCAUCCGAAGAAAGAAAAUUAAAAGCCAGCGAUGUUCAACGUGAUCCAAUGAAUGAUGUACAGUUACGAAAAUCUCGUAGGAAAGAGUUACAAAAAGAACAUAAAAAAAAGUUAUGUCGAAAAUUUGAAGCUAUGACUGAAAAAAGUUGUUGCGCGAACCAUUGCCCAAACCUUAUGGAGAGAAUAAUUACCCUUAAAGCAGAUAAACAAUCUGAAAAUCAUAAUAAAAAAGCAGAAGGUGUUUGGAAGGAAGCACAUUUUGUUGAACCCCAUGUACCAGUGGUUAAGUCACCAAAAAGCAAGGAUAAAAGGCAAGAAAUAUCACGCGACGAGUUAAUACUGGAUAUGUUGAAAAAAGUUGAGAAACAGAAGAUGUUAUUAUUAAAAGAAUUUGGUGCGAGCUUGCCAGAUGAUAUUUAUUACGCAAGUAUGACAUCUUUAACCGAACCUGACAAAUCUGAUGAGCCUCAGAAGAAAAUGCAUCGAGAGACGUGUUUAUCUCCCGAAGUAACAUUAAUAAACAUGUCCAAUGGAGAAAAUAAUAAUAAGGACAGUAAAAAAGUUAAAAAAACGAGCGAAUCAACGAAAUGCGAAAUGGCUGUGCAAACAUCAACAUUACAAGAUGCUGGUAUUGCUGAGGAUAAAGGUAUUCAAGUAGAAAUAAAAGCUACGUGCGAUGAUGCGACCAAUGCAUUAAGCACCAACGAAGAACUUUCUACUAAACAUUAUCCGAUAGAGCCAAUAAUUACAGUCAUUACUCCUGAAGUAGAAAAUAGUAGUAGUAGUUCUAAUAAUUCUAUGAUUACUGGCGUCAUCAUUGAUAUCGAUAAUGAAGAAGUCAAAGUUACCCCGAAGAAAAAGAAACGCACAUUAUCUAAACGAACGUCAAUGAGGGCAAUGCAAAAAUCGCAUUCCGCUCCACCGAGUAAAACCUCUUCUCCCGUAAAAAGAUUUUCUAAAUCCUUACCCAGCUCCUGUCGUAGUAGUCCUCGCAAAAUUAAUAUCCAUUUCAAAAAGAAUGGUUUGGAUGUUAACGUAGAUCCUUCUGACGGUAAAAAACCAACUAUAGAUAGUAGCACGGAUAGUUCUGCAAUGUAUUCUUCAUUAAAUACACAAAAUUCAUCUGUACGUGAACCAUACGAAAUUCCUGUUACCAAAUCUAAAAAAGUAAUCAAAGUAAGAGAUAUUUCUGACACUUCUACGUCAUUUGCUAGUCCACCAUCUUUGGCACCUAAGAGACCAAUUACUGCAAGUAGUACUACACCAAUUUUAGAAAUUUUAGAUUUUUCAACGUUCAGUGCUAUAGAGAGAGCAAAAAGAGAUAUCAGUCCUGUAUCGACGCCAGAAACUCCUUCUCCUCGCACUAUGAUGAUACCUUCCAAUAUACCUCAUACUGAAAAAAUUGGUAAGGUACUUAGAUAUAGCGAGGAACUUGACGAUACAACAACAUCUUUUACCAACAAAGAUACAUAUUCGCCUAUUUAUGAAAAACAGAAAGAUAUGUCAUUGGCACAAAGUCUUUAUCCGCAAUAUUUACCAACUUUAUCUAAAUCGUGUACUUGUCAAAAUCCUCAAUGCAAAUUAUUACACAUUAAACUUGAAGAUAUUCAAGAUUUUGCUCUCAAAAAUUGUCCAGAAAUUCUCAAGAAAUAUGAAGAUCUUCAAAAUACUUGUACCGAGAGAAUAGCUUCUUUGACCGAUCUUAUUGAAAAAGUUCGAAGCGAACAAAGAGGUAUGGAACUUUCCGUAAUAAGUCCUCAGGAUGAAAUGAAUUCUAUGAAAAUACAUCCGGAAAUGCAAAGUAGCAUGAAGAACGUCCAAAGACUGGUAGAAAAUAUAGAAGCAAUACAUAAUCAACUUGCUAAAACUCUUUACGAAUCACAGAAUGCUAUUAUGAAAGGUGAAGCUAUUAAUAAAGAUAUAUCUAAAAAUACAACUGAAAAUCAAUCAGUACAUUCUCAAACUAAAAGUAAAUUGGAUCAUUCGGUAAGUACAACUGUUGAACAUAUCAGUGAUAAGCUUACCUCGUCUAAACCUAAAUCUAAGCCACGAAUAUUAAAAGAAGAAAAAGUAAAUAUAAAGCUAAGCAGAUUUCAAAUGCCUCAUAAAUCAUCGGCAACUAUGACAACUGUUACACCAGAACGUAAUUCGUGGCCUCCAGUUAAAAUUCCGACUCAAGACGAUAAUACGAUCGAAGAACUUUCAAAAGAGAUUUUAGAAAAAAGUAGAAGUAAAUCGACUGGUAUGCCUGUAUUUAGAAAAAUUGCUGAUUAUGAAAAUACAGAUAUAUUGCUACCUACAAAACCUGAUAGUUCCAAGCCGAUUGGUAGUCCUUCCAAAAAUGGGGGAAAUAAUGUUCCGGUGCAAACUACUGACAUUACUGUCGAGUCGGAGAAAGAUGUAGUUUUCGAAUCUGAAUCUGUUGGUAUAUCUAAAGUAUUACCAUCUUUGGCCUGUGGACAUCGCACAAAUGGAAGAAAUAAGCCACCGGUUACCUUACACAGUGGAUUUUAUAAAACAGAAAUCGAAUCUAUGGGUCAUGAGUUGUCAACAAUAAUAGAAUUCGAUACACCAGAUACAGGAAAUAAAAAUCACGUAACCAUGAAAAGUUCGACAGCCAAAUCGUUUGUUACGGACGAAUCGCAGAGAGAAAAAUCAACAGUUAAAAAAUCAGUGGAAGUACAAACAACGAAAUCAUCAGUCACUGUUAAACCAUCUAUUCACGUAGCACCCUUACCCAUUCAAAGUUCUUUAGGUAAGAAAAUUUCCCAAGCUUCUUCAUCUUCUUUCACGAAAAAGUCGACCGGAGAGAUGUUUGCUUCUAAAUUGCAAGAAGACGAACAGACGAGUCCUUCGCGAAGAACACAAAAUGAGAUGCAUCUAGAAUAUCGAAGGACAGAUAAUGCGAUUGGAUUAGAAGAUUCGGUUAAAGAGAAAGUUAACAAACAAUUACAGUGCAAUACAUCUGACAAAGAAACAAAAGAGGUGUUACAAGAAAGACUCGAAAAAGAUAAAGCGUCUUCUACCAGUUCAAAUAGUUUUUGCGAAUUAUCUGGAAUUUCAGAAAUUACUAGUACACCAUCCUCGAGUUUACUUAAAUACGCUUCGUCCGAGGAGAUGGAAACAGCGCUCAAACAAUUAGGUCUUAGUUGGGCUAUAACAACUUUGAAAAAAACACGAGAAGCAAGUGCUCUAAGUUCCUCCUCUAAUUCGGACGUAACGCCUUUAAAUACUGCUAGGAGAAUCAUUUCUCCAAAUAAAAAACACGUGGAUCCUAAGAUCUUAAAUUUAUUGGAUUUUAGUGAUGUAUCUUCUAUAUCUAUCAAAGAAGCUAGUAAAAGUACGGAACAAGCGGUUCUAUUUAAAGGUAGAACCUCGACGCCUAAGUUACAAAAUUCUAAUUCUAAUACCGAUAAAUCUAACUCUCUUCCUACCAAUUCAUCUGGAAUAAGUUUUCAAGAACCUAGCGACAGUUUAACAGUUCCGAACGUAUCGCUUAUUAAAAAGAAACAACCUAUCGCCAGACAAUCAAAAUAUCCUUAACAUAACUAUUAUAUUGCAUAUAUUCAUAUAAUCAUACAUACAUAUAGCAUAUUUCGAUACGUAUUUUACAAGAAGACACGAAUUUUGUAUACAUGUGAUGAUGAUGUUACACGAAUGUUGGUUAGAUUAUAUAAAUAAUGAAUAUUUAUAUUUUAAUGACGAUGUAUCUAUAAUAAUAUUGUUUUAUACAUUGUUAUUGCUGAAAACUUUAAUAAAUACAUAAAGUAUCUUUUAUACAAU